AUGGAUCCAACUACGUUGGAAGAAGCGACUGUCCGUGAAGUCGAAUUGCUUCGCGUACUUGCAGAGAAGAUCACUGCAUUUUUGGAGGUUCGCAGACACUUCUGCGAAAAUGACUCUGGUUAUUCGGAUUCUUAUGGUACAGUCUUUACUAACAUAAGGAAGGUCAUGCACGUCCACAAGGUUCGCAAAGUAUUGAGAAAAAAGCAGUUGACGGCGGUGGAAGUGGAUGACGAUGACAAUGUAGAAGUUCGGAGAGUUGUAAAGCCAAGCAAAGAGUUGGACGCCUUCGACGACGAUGAACACGUUAGUUUAUUUUAUUUUUUUUUACGAUUUCAGUCUUUAUUGCUUUUUUUCAACUUUUAUAUUAGGAAGAAACUACUAUUUUAAUGAAUUUUGAUGUUUUGUUUUCAGGUUCCUAAAGACAUGAACGAACAGGCCCAGAACAAUCCUGAUAACCGUGUAGCCAAGAAUAAGAAUGCCUCCAAGAGUUCGAACCCACGGAAGGUAAGUUGAUAACUUUAUUGUUAGGUUGAACCAACAGCAGUAUAUAUUUGCAUGACGGUCAGGCUUGGACACAGGGCAGGGCAUUGGCCAAUUUUAUGCCAUGCCCUGUGCCCUGCCCAGUACAGGGCAUUCGACUUUCAUGUCCUGCCGUACCAUUAGGGCAUUUGGGUAUAUUUUGGCGAACGCCUCUGCCGAGCGGUCGAUAAUCGGCGGACGCCAUAACUUGGUUAGUUUAAUAGCUAGAAACAUGUAGUUAACUGCAGAAGUUGUUAUCUAUUUUAAUCUACACAUAAAAGUAAUUUAAGUUUUUGAAAGCACUAUUGUUAUCGACCGGUCGAUAAUUAAAAAAUGUUUAAUUUGUACAAAAAAGUUUUUUUCUUUGAAUUGUACCUAAUGUAAUUUAUAUACGAUUGAAAACACCAAAGCGAUAAGAAUAUGCAUGAAAUUUGCAAUUAAAAUAUACUAAAAAUUAUCAACCGGUCGAUAACAAUACUACUUUUAAAAUCUUAAAAUUAUGCUUUUUCUUGUAGCGUAUGACAUUUAAUAACUUCUGAAUUGAACUACAUGUUUCCAGCUACUAAAUUAACCGAGUUAUGGCGUCCGCCAAUUAUCGACCGCACGGCGGAGGCUUAGCGGUAACAGGGCAUGGUACAGGGCACCCUGCCCUGCGUCCAAGCCUGAUGACGGUACGUUGGCUUUUUGUACUUGCCAAGUAUAGGAUCAUAUAUCAUAUGUAAAAAUUAUUAAUAUGUAUAAUUUUUAGGAAUCGCCAAACAUUGUGAACACAAACAUACGCUCUCAACCAAGUGCCAGUUUAAAUAGCGAAGCACCCGUUACAAAUGGACCGUCUGAUAUUGUGCCUGUCGUCUUGAACCAAUCAUUCAAAGGAAAAUACGAAUUGGGGCAACGAGGUCGAAAGUUGGUCAAGAUUAAUGGCUUGGCUUUUUAUAAGCACUCGAACAACGUGUACAAAUGCUGUAACUAUUACAAUAUGGUCCCUCGUUGCCGCGCGAAGGCAAACGUGACAGAGCUCAAUGGACUAACUUUUCUGUUCACAUUACUGGAGAAUCACACCUGCUCCCAAUAG